AUGCAGGAUGACUCACAUGACUCUCUGGAAAUGGGAGGGAUUCCAAAGAGGGCUGGGCCAACAGAACCUCUUAAUGGUUGCCAUGGGGGUGGGAACUCCAUUGAUAAUUUAAGCACGCUGUCAGAUUUAAGGGAUGCAAAAAACGUGGACAACUUCUCACAAAAAAGAGGGGAUGUAAAUCAAACAAAUUACAACAACCAUGAAGGAAUACGCAAAGACAAUAAUUCUGCCAAAAAAGAGAGUGAACGAAUGACUGAACAUCACGUUAAGCAGGAUGCUGCUGAGCUCGGCAUUGCCAGGAUAGAGAGCAUCCCGAAACCUCUCAAAGCAUGCACAGUCUUCAGGGAAACCCCAAGUGGAGUAAAAGGUCAAAGUGUCGAACCCCAUGGUGUCAAAAAUGGGAAUCUGAACCACCAUGGCACCAAUCACGUGCCAGUUCCUGGAUCCAUCAGUAUUGUCAACAGCAUGGGGGAAUCCUCAGAAGAUUCCAGGGCUGUCAGUGCAACCGCUGGAGAGACGAGAGAGCUGGAAGACACGUUGGCCUCUAGGGGUUGGCGCAGGAGACGCCGAGGUGGUGUUGCUGAACGUGUGUUAGGCUGUUACCGGGGGGUGCGGCAGGCACUUCUGCGGUGCCUCGAAGAGACACCCAUUGUGGUACCAGGCCUGGUGUUGACCAUGAUGUUCUGUGUGACCAUCAUCAUCAUCAUCCCCACCACGGAAAAGAAUCUCAGUGCUCAUGUAGGAGAACUGGCCGUGGUGUGUGUAGUGCUCUGUCUGUGUGUGUCACUCUUGGUGUUUUUGCCAUGCCUGCCCACCCUGCGGCGGUGCGAGCAGAUGCUCGCCCUCUUCAUCUGGUCCGCACUCUUCAUCACAGCCAUUGUUUUCAUCUUCACUGGCGGAGUCAUCACCACAUGGGAGCAAGUUGCAUUUUUUCUCUUUCUCUCUCUAUCAGUAUAUACGAUUCUGCCUCUUACUCUCUCCUGGGCUCUGAUCUUCGGCAUAGGAGCAAGUGUGUGCCACAUCAUCAUCAUCAGUGUCUAUGUGCCCAUCACCAGACCUGGUACACGUGACCUUGCAGUGCAGCUGGUGGCAAAUGCUGUGCUCUUUGUGUGUGUGAACUGUGUGGGUUUCUUCCAUCUCUGGCUCAGCGAGUGCGCGUGCAGGAAGACCACCAAAAGCCGAGAGACAUUCAGCUGCACCCGCUUCAAACGGGCCAAGCAGAAACGCGACCAGGAGCACCUCCUACUGUCUGUGUUGCCAUUGUACAUCGCUAAGGAGCUGAAAGAGGAAAUUGUCAAGAGGUUGUCAGACAAAUGCACUGGAGCUGACAACAAACCAAACUUCCACAGUCUAUAUAUCAAGCAGCACAAAGAUGUCAGUAUUCUCUAUGCGGACAUUGUGGGCUUCACCAACCUUGCCAGCUCCUGCACUCCAGAGGAGAUCGUUGCUGUCCUCAACAAACUCUUCGGAAAGUUCGAUGAAAUCGCCAAGAAGAACGGGUGUUUGCGUAUAAAGAUUCUGGGCGACUGCUACUACUGCGUAUCGGGUCUCCCAGACUCCAUCCCACACCACGCACGCAACUGUGUCCAGAUGGGACUGGACAUGUGCACUGCCAUAAAUAAGCUAAGGGAAGCGACGGAAGUAGACCUUAACAUGAGAGUGGGCGUGCACUCUGGAAAUGUCCUUUGUGGUGUGAUUGGCUCACUGAAGUGGCAAUAUGAUGUCUGGUCAAAUAAUGUGACUCUAGCCAAUCGCAUGGAGUCAGCGGGUGUGCCAGGGAGGGUCCACAUUACAGAAGAGACACUUGGACACUUAGGUGGGGCGUACCAAGUUGAAGAGGGAAACGGGGCCAGUCGCGAUUCUGCCUUACAGGGCAGGAAAACAUAUUUAGUGAUCGACCCUCACAAGCAGGACAGUACCAGUACGAAGUCUAAAGCUAGUAACGCUUUGAUGGUAAGUGGUAAAAUCAAGCUCCGGGCUUCAGUGAGGAUGUCUCAGUAUCUGCAGUCUUGGCACAGUGUCAAGCCUUUUUCAGUUCUCCACCAACCAGAAAGCUCAAUCACUGGUACACCCACUCCACUCAGCAACCCAGGCCAACCACAGCUAGUCACAGAGCCAAUAUCCCGUCAGACAUCAUGCAAAGAAAGCAGGACCGCUGGAGUGCUGGAAAAUGGAUCAGCAGAGACAUUGGACAUAGAUGCUACAGAGCAAAAAACAACAAAAUUGAACUGGCUGACUUUGCUAUUCUAUGAUAUAAAAACGGAGAAACAGUAUUCUUUUAGUGAGGUGCAGGGUAUCCACCAGUCUCUGGCUUGCCUGGCAUUCAUCUUCAUUGCUGUGUUUGUGGUGCAGAUGCUCACCUCAGAAAAAAAUCUACCCCUUGCUGUUUCAUAUGGAGUAACCUUCCCUGUACAGCUGAUGAUACUUCUGGUGGUCAGCACUGGAUUCUUAAAGCAAAGCAACUCCAAGAUCUCCUCCAGUGCAAGGUUGGUGUCCUCGCUGUCUCGGGGAGUGGCUACCAUGGCAGUGCUGAGACUACUGCUGGUUUUCACAUGUCUGCUCAUUACCUUGCUCAUGGCUUUCCUUAACCUGGUUUUUCUACCUGGUGAUAACUGCUUAAACUCCUCAUACAAUGCCUCUGCCCUGGAUAACAUGAAUCUUUAUACUGUACCGUAUUACCUGUACUGCUGUCUGGUGGCAAUGCUGGGAGUGGUUGUGUUCGUGCGCAUGUGCUUUUCAGCUAAACUCUUCCUCCUUACUCUGGCUGUCGUGGUCUACCUUGCACUUUUCCUGUAUGUGUAUGCCCCACGUUCUGACUGUCUCAUGCUGCAGCUCUACCCCAACAGCAGCAGCAAACCAGGAAUUUUAAAGAACCCCAAGAUCAUGUCUGGGAUUUGGCUUGCCAUGUUCUACUUCACUUCUUUAAUUCUUGCUCGACAGGAUGAGUUGGCCUGUCGUGUUGAGUUCUUUCUCGAGAAAUGUUUCCAAAAAGAGCACGACGAUAUGGAGACAACAGAGAAUGUCAACAGACUCCUCCUUCAGAACUUGUUGCCAAUCCAUGUGACUAACUUCUUCAUUGGCAAAGAUGUUCCCAACCAGGACCUGUACAGCCAGUUGUGUGAGAGUGUAUGUGUGAUGUUUGCCUCAGUGCCUGAGUUUAAGGAUUUCUACACAGAGAGCAGCUUAAAUGGAGACGGGCUGGAAUGUCUGCGAUUUCUCAACGAGAUCAUCACAGACUUUGAUGAGCUCCUCAGCAAGCCCAAGUUCAAUGUAGUUGAGAAAAUUAAAACUAUUGGCACUACUUACAUGGCUGCUGCUGGACUGACCAUUCCGACGAUACGCGAGGAGCGUAAGGACAGUGAUGUGAGCAAAAAUAACAUACGCAGCAUGGUGGACUUUGCCAUUGCUUUGAUGGGGAGGCUUGACAACAUCAACAGACACUCUUUCAACAACUUCAGACUCAGGAUAGGAUUGAACCAUGGCCCUGUGAUUGCAGGGGUGAUUGGAGCCCACAAGCCUCAGUAUGACAUCUGGGGCAACACAGUUAAUGUUGCCAGCAGAAUGGACACUACUGGAAUACUAGACAAAAUACAGGUGCCUGAAGAGACUGCGCAGGUGGUCGAGAGCAUGGGGUAUGCCGUGACCAAAAGGGGAGUCAUUCAUGUGAAAGGGAAAGGAGAACUCGCCACUUACUUUAUAAACACUGAGCCAACACAACACUCAUGACAUGCGUGUGAGCCCAAAUCAUCGGUCCAGUCUGCCUUCACUGUCAUAUUGUUUUAUCUAAGAACGUGGUACAUAACACAAAGUUCAGAAAACCCCUUUAUCAUUAGAAUCUCCGUUUUUAUUCAUGUCUUUACUGUUUGAAGGGGUGAGCCUUAAAAAAAUGGAUUCAUUUUACACAGACUUUAUAUUACAUAGCCUUUACACAUUUUGCUGGUUUCUCAUUUUGUCUUCAGUUGAAAAAUGUCUGAACAAUUCAUCGGAUGUGGUUUUCUUAAUCCAUUAUAACAGUGAAAGAAGGAAGGAAGAAUAGCAGUCUUGUUAUAGUCCUGUACUUUACAUGUUUAGAAACCUCGUGCUUUUAUUCAACAUGUUUGCCAAACGCACUUAGUAUAUUUAAUUUAUUGAACUUUUUUGUUUUUAUUAUUACACCUUGUAAAAUAUUUAUUUAUUAAAUACUGGUUUAUGUACUUGCACAUUCACCUGUGCUUGUAUUCUGUAAGUGGCAGUGUGGGAGGGCUGACUUUGGAUCGUCAUUAGAAAACCUGAUCCUUUAAGUCAGUAAAC